GCACAAAGUGAAGGUAGACCGCGAUAUUUUCUUAUCAUUGCGCAAUACCGACCAAGAAAGUAGCAGCUUUGGACGAACACCCUCAUUGAAAAUGAGCCUGAAGCAGCUGCAAGAUGUCUCUGUUCAAGGCACGGGACUGGUGGUCAGCAGUACUGGGUGAAGGAGAGGAGUUUGACCAGGGCUGCUUGUGUGUCAGUGAUGUGGACAAUAGCGGCAGUGGCUAUGAUAAGGUAGUGGUGGGCAGCUACAUGGGUAUGCUUCGGAUUUUUGCUCCUCAUGCAAGCAAACCAGGCGAGCAGACCGUAGCAGACGCCCAGCUGCUGGAGGUGCAGCUGCGGGACCCCAUCAUCCAGGUGGAAGUGGGCAAGUUUGUCUCGUGCUCAGAGCUGCUUCACUUGGCGGUGCUGCAUCCCAGAAAGCUCUCUGUCUAUGCUGUCUCAGGCACUGCUGGAAAUGUUGAACAUGGGGACCAGUACCAGCUCAGACUGGUCUACGAACACAACCUGCAGAGGACAGCCUGCAACAUGACAUACGGCCCUUUUGGAGGGGUCACUGGUCACCACUUCAUCUGUAUCCAGUCUAUGGACGGCAUGCUGAUGUUCUUCGAGCAGGAAAGCUAUGCUUUUGGCCGCUUCCUGCCGGGCUUCCUGUUGCCUGGACCACUGUGUUACUGUGCACGCACUGACUCCUUCAUCACCGUCUCCUCCGCCCGUCAGGUGGAGUGUUACAGGUAUGAAACUCUGGCGGUUGCAACAGACGCAGACACCAGGCAGGAUUCGGAACAGCAGAGCAAGAGCUCCGGGAAGAGACUUACGGCUGAGUGGAUGCUGGUGUUGGGAGAGCAGGCCUUGGAUAUCUGCGUCCCCUCAGCCUCUCCCAUGGCCUCCUCCAUCUUUGUGCUGGGCGAGCGAAACCUUUUCUGCCUGCGCGACAGCGGCCAGAUUCGUUUCAUGAAGAAACUGGAGUACAACCCCAGCUGCUUCCUUCCCUACGCCUCAGUUUCUGAGGGCACCACUAACCUCCUGCUGGGUAACCACAACAACAUGCUGCUGGUGUAUCAGGACACCACGCUGAAGUGGGCGGCCCAGCUGUCCUGUGUGCCUGUGGCCGUACGUGUGGCCAACUUUCCGGAACUAAAGGGUUUGGUGGUGACACUGAGCUCAGAGGGUCAUCUGCAGUGCUCCUACAUGGGCACUGACCCCUCUUUCUUCAAUGCACCUAAAGUGGACGCUCGGGAGGUCAACUAUGAUGAGGUGGACACAGAGAUGAAGGCUCUGCACAAGGUCAUUCGCGAAGCCACCAAGAACCAGGACAUCAUCCCCAAAGCUGAAGCAGAGGAUGAUCUGACAGUGACAGCCAUUGUCUCUUCCAGCCUGGACGACGUCUCGCAAGCCCUUAUUCCGGAGAUGAAUGACAUGGCUGUCCCUUCUGUUACAGUCAAGAUUAAAGUAAGCGCUCGCUCCGCUGUUCAGAGCCCCAAAUUGAGUGUGUGCGUGCAGCCCCCCCUGGCUGUCACUCAGGACCAGUUUGUGUUAGACUCUCUUGGCAGUGGAUCUCAGGUAGUGGUGGCGUUCUCAGCUUUUCUGAAUGGCCACUACACACCAGCUGACCUGACUGGGGAUAUAGCAGUGUCCUACAGCUCUCCCACAGAGCUGAACCCUGCAGGAGUUCCACGAGUGGCUCAGUGCAAGUUCGUGCUGCCUCUGCGCCUGGUGUGCUGCCCAACCUCAGCCUCUAAGAACGCCAAGUACAAAAUCACUGUGGAUACCAACAAACCUCCAGUCAACCUCAACGAGGUCUUCCCAGAGUUUGUGGCUAAGGCUGAGGAUAAGGAGGGUAACGCUCUGGCCUUCCAGUUCAUCGCUGGCUCCAGAGUCACCGUCCUGGCCUCCAAAACGUCCCAGCGUUACAGGAUCCAGAGCGAGAGCUUUGAGGAUAUCUGGCUGGUUGCCAAGGAACUGGUGCAGCGUUUUGACCGGCAUUUUGCCAAACUUGGUGUCAAAGAUUUCCGCAACAGCUUCUCCGGCCCUAUCCCGCUGGCGGAGUACUUUGAGACCGUGGACCACCACUUCGAGCUGCGAGUGAACGCGCAGAAGUAUCAGGACCUGCUGUCAGAGAGAGCCGUCCAAUUCAGAGCCAUCCAGCGCCGGCUACUGACCCGCUUCAAAGACAAGACCCCCGCCCCGCUGCAGAACCUGGAUACGCUCAUGGAGGGCACUUACCGGCAGGUAAUAGCAUUAGCGGACGCGGCAGAGGAGAACAGGGCGUGUCUGGUGCAGGCUUUCUCCAGGCUGCGGAGCGCCACUCACCUGCUCAUCCUGCUGGUCUCACUGUGGCAGGGACUCAGCGCUGACCAGACCGCCAUACUGGAGGCUACAUUACUGCCUCUGCUACAGGACACACCACAACUGGGUUGGGAGGAGAGUGUGGAUGCAGCAGUGUCUCACCUUUUGAGAACUUGUCUAUCACGGAGUCCAAAGGACCAAGCCAUUAGCCUGAGCACGACGCAGCUGAGCAUGCCCAAAGACACCUUGCGCCUCAAGAAGCACAUCACGCUACUCUGUGACCGCAUCGGCAAGGGUGGCCGCCUAUCUCUGUCCUCUGAGGCUAAUGCUCCAACACCUGUAAUGAUGCCAGCUGCCUGCGAGACCAUGCCAGAGCCCAUAGCUGAGCAGGAGGAGGAAGACCCCGCCUUGCAACAGGAGGCCACAGCCAAAUUCAUCAAGAAGAAGCAGCCCUCCAAGAAAGUUAAGAGCAAGACGGAAUCAUCCAAAGAGAAGAAAGAGAAGGAUUCUGGGAAAGACAGCAAGAAAGACUUGAAAGAGCCAACCAAGGAGAAAGAGUCAAAGAAGGACUCGUCCAAGGACUCCAAAGAGUCGUCGAAAGAGUCUUCAAAGGAAUCAUCCAAAGAGUCAAAGAAAGAGAAGAAAGAGUCGAGCAAGGAGAAAGAGGCUGCAGCGGAGCCAGGGAAAGAGAAGACAAAGGUGUCCAAAAAGCCUUCAGUCAAGGUCAAAGAGAAAAAGAAAGAGUCUGAGGCAGGGGACGGCUGACCAGAUGCAAUACAAAUACACAUAGACACCCCAUAGUGUUUUGGUGGCUUUUUACAUUUCCUGCCCUGAUAUCUUAUCUAGGCAGCUUGUUCGUGCAUGUGUGCAUUUGUGCUCUAGUGUACAGGAUGUAGGUAGAUGUUAGCUGUACACUCUUAAAACUAAAAAGGUGCCAGAAAAGGUUCUUUGGGGCGACACUACAGAUCAGCUGUUUUUGACUCUGGUCCUGGAGGACUGGUGUCCAGGACAGAUUAUUUAUUUUAUUUUAGGAUAUUUUUUUCUCAGACACAUGAGAUUCAACUCAUCUGUUAAUUGCCAGGUUAAGUAGGUGUUUUCUGAGUAGGGCAGUUACUAAACACAGUGGUUAAAAACCCUUGCAAUAGAAGAACCACUUGUGGCUCCCUACAUAUUCUCUACUUAAUGUAAAAUUAUAAUGUACAUAAUGUAUAUUAUAAUUACAUAAUGUAAAACUAGAACAACUAAAUGUUUUUCAUCCAUGCCAGAGAACCAUUUAGGAACCUUUAUUUUUAAGAGCGUAGUUAGUUUGUUGUUUAUGACAGUGAGAGAACAGCUAGUGUACAUUAGCGUACCUAGUGUACCAUGUCUGGCUGCAUUUGUCCAAUGCCAGGGAAAUCAUGCAACGGAAGCACGUGUUACACUGUGAACCUUCCCCUCCAUGAGGGAAACUGGAGCAAGUAGGAACCUUUAUUUUUGGAUGGGGGUUUAUUUUUAUUUAAGACAGUGCAGUCUGGCAGUGCGGCCUGCAGCGAGUCCAGCCCCAAUCCCACAGUGCUAACCAAGCCACCCACGCAGGGUCAGCGUGACGUCUGCCAUAGUAUGUAUGUGUCUCUCUAUCUCUCUCUCUCUCUCUCUUUCGUUCACCCCCUCGUAGGCACCACGCCCCACGAAGCCACCUCCCCCCCCAUCUCCAAGAAUAACCUGCUUCCAGCCCGCCAGCUAGCCUGGGUCCACCGAGGCCACUCUCCACCAUCACCACUCUGUCUCUACUUCCAUCUGUCUGUCUCUCUCUCCCUCUGUGUCUGUUGCCCACUCUACAGUUCAAAAGUUUAGAAUCACUUAUCAUAUUAAUGUCAUUGUUUUUUAUAUUCGAUCCUAGGGUUGUAACAAUGCAUCCUGACUGUAAAUAUACUGUAAUUAUCUAUUUGCAGUAGCUUUUUGUUAAAUUAUAUAUCUCAACAUUUGGUAAUGAAUUUUGAAAUACAUUCUGCAUGUCAAUUUUUAUUAUAACUGCACUGUCAAUGUUAUACAGCUUUCAGAAUCAUCUACUUUCUUUCUUAAUUUCUUAAUUUGUACAGCUUCCUACUUAUUUUUUGAAUUGUGAAUUUGCACAGGAUACGAUAUUAGAAUCAUUUUAUACAUGCAUUUGCAACCAAAGUGGUUUUAUAUUAUUAGAAAAAGUGAUUCCAAACUUUUGACGCCAGUGUACGUAUGCAUAUAAUGUUUCUAUCUCCCUCUCUCCUUUAUUCUAUCAGUCAGUCAUAUACACAUACAGCAUACAGACAGGCAAGAGAAGCUGUCUGUCGGUCUUCAGAGACCAUAGACAUUUAGUCAGCAUAUGUGGUGCACCAAGCUAAGCAGUGACAGUCCCACGCAUGUGGCUGAUAGUUUACAUGCUGUUUGCAUCUCCGUCUGUCUUUCCAUGUGUAAUGUAGGUUCAGAUGUGUUUCAGUCUAAGUGUUGUCUUUUGUGUCUGAUAAAUUAUGCUGAACAUCUGUGUAUUUUCUUCUUUGUAAUUUUGCAUCAUAGCAAGCAGAUUUGAUUCAAGAUCUUAGUGAAAGGUGCAAGUAUGAUUUAUUUGAUGUACUUCACUUUCAACUUAUCCACCAGCCCGACCCCCUGUGUUUAGAUCAUUUGGCACAUUUGAUGUCCAUUAUGUUGUUUCUUAGUGAUAUCAGUGCACAGCCUCUAUACAGCAUCCGAAUGUUCAGAAUAGAGCGUAGUGCAGAAAGACCAUCCUGGAGAAAGUACCAAACCAUGAAUUUUGAAUGUUGUUUUUUUAAAUGAUUAUACUCUAGAGCUUAUUCAGAAUCUUGAUACUCUUACAUAACUGGUAUUUACAAACUGCAAAAUAUUAUGUUUAAGAAGAAAUCAUUUUUUUCAUCUACUUUGUGUAACAAUUUUGGGCAAACUAGUGAGGCGGAUGCACUAUAUGUCCGAAGGUCUGUAGACACCCUCUCAUUCAGUGUUUCUUUUGAAAUCAAGAGUAACAAUUAGAACAGAGUUUGCUCCCACCCUGUGCUGCAGUAACAGCCUUUACUCUUGUGGGAAGGCUUUAUACUAGAUGUUGGAACAUGGUUGUGAGGAUUUGAUUGCAUUAAGCUACAAGAGCAUUAGUGAGGUCAGGUACUGAUGUCGGAUGACUAGAUCUGGAUCACUCCAACUUAUCCCAAAUGGAGCUCAUCACUCUGGAAAAUGCAGUUCCACUGCUCUACUGGCCAAUGCGGGUGGGGGGGCUUUAUACUCACUCCUCUAGCCAUUUCUUGCCAUUGGGCUCAUGUGCAGUUGCUCCCUUCUGUUGGCUGUGCUUUUCUAUGGAGAUUAUAAAAGCUGUGUGCAUGAAAUUGAGCACCUGUAUUAAUAGGUGCACCAUAAAGUAGCUGAAUUCACCAAUUAGAAGUGGUGUCUGGAUACAUUUGGUCAUAUAGUGUAGAUAGUGCCAGAGUUGUUUUAGAGAGUCACUAAGAAUAAAUGAUUUGAUUACAGCUUUUUAAAUGAAUGUUUUGUAUUAUUUUUAUAGUAGCUUUUGAUAGCCAAAAUGGAGUACAUAAUUAUGUCCAGUGUGGUUGUGUAAUAAACUGGCUGAAUAUUACAGCGUAAUGAUAUCAGGUGGUCUUUAUUAGACACUGAUCCAUGUACAUCUGUAUACAAGGUACCCAAACCAUUCCGAACUACCUUAGCAAGUCUGGUUGUCCUGUUAUCAUGAUCAUGGUUGUUUUAUAAGGCUGCCAUAAAGAUAAAUAAAGGAAUCAAAUCC